CCGAGCAGAGGCAGCGCUCUUGGCACUGCGGAGUCCGGAGAAGGGGUCCCUCCGUCAGUAAACGUUGAAGGGGGAUUUCGCUAAAUCAGAAGAAGAAUAAGAAAAAACCCCAAGACGAAUUCGUGGAUACACUCUAUCCAGCGCUUGCCGUAAGGCGGAACCCACUUUUUUUUUUACUCCUGUUAACUAGCUAGUGCCGCCUGGUUUUUCUGAGUGUGAAAGGUUAGCUACUUUUUCUGUUAGACCUCCGGAGCCUUUCAAGCUAGCUAGCAGGCAGCAUUUUUUCCGUGAGGGAGAAACGCACGCCCAAAAGAAUUGAUCUGGGAUAGCAAGCUAGCUCAGAAAUCAAUACCAGAAAGGAAAAACGGUAAAUAACUCAAGCUCAGUAACACUGUUUGCUAGCCUAGCUACGCUGGCCACGAGAGAGCGGAGAAAGAAAACGUUGCUAAGCCCCGGGAAGCGACAAGACAAGCUAGCUUAGCCAGCGAGCUAAAGAACAAAAAGUAACGCCAAUUUUUUUUUUCUGUUUCUAGCCAAGCUGUCGAUACGUGACUCUUACGCCGUGUGUUUUGAGUGUCCACGGUUUUUCUGUUAACGGAAGAUUAGAGAGGAAAAACAUCGCAGAGCUAGCUAACUAGUUUUAACGCGGUCGGGUUUCAGUGUGCGCUAAUGCUAGCGGGCUACUCUGGAUCCCUUGCCAUGGACGAGCUUUUACGGAAGUACUAGCUAAAGCUGGCCGUUUAAUUUCACUCCAGGAAAGGAGGAGUUUGCCUGUGGAUUACAAUUCUAAAAGGGAUAAAAAACGAAACUCGUUUACGGUAAACGCAAGCUAACAUUUCGCGGUGGAAUGAAAAGGGAUUAAGGUUACUAAUAAUAACAACGUACAACUGGGACGCAGGAGGAAUUUUUACCCAAGUACGGUUCAGUUUGAUCGUUUCGGCUGAACGCUGUGAGGCUAUACAUACGGAAGGGGGGUCUGGUUUGGUUACGCCGUCUUUGAGGGCACCAAAACAAAAGAGCCGAAAGUACAACAUCGGUUUGUUUUGAAAGGGAUUGUGUGAUUAGUUAACUAGUUACGGCUAACGUAUGCGAUAUAGCUAUCAGGCGACCUAUUAAUAGCUGGGUAUACAUUGUGUGUGCUAUGGAAAUUGACAAGGAGCUAGCCAGUUAGCUCCGUUUAAUCGGUCUCGCACGCUGAGUUUCUCUUGAACGGUCUUUUUAAAGUGAUUUCGCUGUGCUAGAGAGGAAAGCAAAAACGAUACGAAUAUCCUGAGGGAAAUGCCAAUCGCUGCCACUGGUCAACCGACAACACAAGAGCCGUGCGUCUACUCCCAGCUGCCCGCUACUCCCGAUCCCAUCCCCAAACGGGGUAAUUUGUGCGAGGAGACGGGGGUCCAGUCUCAGGAGCACGUCGAUUACGCGGGAGCGGAGGGGGGCAGAGGAGCUGGGAGCAGCGGCAGGCUUCUUCCAGCGCCCGGAUCCUCCUCUCCGUCGCAAUCUCCUCCUACCCCCUCCCCCUUCGCCACCUCCUACCCCCAUCACCAACACCACCCCCAUUCUCCGGCCAUGGAGCCCCCGAGGACUCGAUCGCGGUCGCGGUCUGGAUUCUACCAGUACGGCAUGAACGGCGGUGCUAACGGCAGCGGCAAUGUUAACGCCGGCGCCGGCUUCGGCGUUGCCCAUCACCAACAGCUCAACUCCGGAUGCGUACCCCUCGGGGCGCACAGCCCCACGGAAAACCACCGUACCCCUGGAAGUAACCUGCCCGCCAGCGCACAGAGACACGCUGGGAACGGAGCACACAGGACCGUAGGGGCAGGAGCGAUCGGGGCCGCCUUCCACUGCCACCCGGACCACGCCUGCGGCGAGGAGAGCGACAAGAGCGAGGACAGCCCCAGCCCUAAGCGCCAGCGGCUGUCCCAGCAGUCGGUGCUGGAGCUGGCCUCGGCCCCGCCCUCCACGCCCUCGCCCCCCAUGCGCCCCUGGGAGCUGCCGCCCAGCCGCCGGCCGCACCCCCACCCGCACCCGCACUACGCCCCCGAGCGCUGCCACACCCCCGCACGCAGCCGCCGCAGCCCCCCGGUGAGGCGGCAGCGGGGUCGCCGGGAGCGCCUGGCCCGCCACCACCACCCGCACCACGGCUCCCCGGGAGGGGGCCAGGACGAGAACUACCAUCACGCCCACCACGCCCACCACCCGCCCCACUCGCACCAGAGCCACCCGUACGGCCAGCCGCCCCCGCCCCCGGGCCUGGAGGAGCCGCGCGCCUUCCACCCCCCCACCCUGUCGCCCCGGCUGCUGCACCCCGCCGCCCACCCCCAGCAGCAGAGCGCCGUGGUGGUGGACCUCCACGACCAGCUUCCACAGGGCACGGUGCCGGUGUCCUACACGGUUUCGCCGGUCCCCCCCCACGGCCUGCCCCCGCCCCGCUGCACGGGACAGCACCUCCCGGCCUGCUCCUCUCAGCAGCAGGUCCCUGGCUGCUCGGUGGUGUUCAGCGGCCAGCACUACCCUGUGUGCAGCGUCCCUCCACCAAUGCUGCAGGCCUGCUCGGUCCAGCACUUGCCGGUGCCCUACGCCUUCCCCUCCCUCCUGUCGAGCGACCCCCCUUUCCUGCUGCACCCGCCCCACCUCGCUCACCACCCGCCCCACCUGCCGCCGCCGGGGCAGUUCGUGCCCUUCCAGACGCAGCAGUCGCGCUCGGUGAGUGACAGCAGAGGGCCGCUACAGAGAAUUGAGAACGAGGUGGAGCUUUUGGGGGAGCACCUGUCGGUGGGUGGGGGGUUUAACUACCCCCACUCGGCCCACCCCAGCACAAUGGCCCCCUCCACCCCGCUGCAGUUCCUCUCCCACGACCCCCUCCCUCAGGAGCUCUUCGGAGUGCCGUACCCCCACUUCAUGCCCCGGCGGAUCACAGGGCGGCGAUAUCGCUCCCAGCAGCCCGUGCCCCCGCCGCCCUACCACCCCAGCUUCCUGCCGUACUUCCUCUCGAUGCUUCCUGUCCAGCCCACGGUGGGACCCGCCAUCAGUCUGGAGCUAGAUGUGGAUGACGGGGAGGUGGAGAACUACGAGGCCCUGCUAAACCUGGCAGAGCGGCUAGGGGAGGCCAAGCCCCGGGGCCUGACCAAGGCCGACAUCGAACAGCUUCCAUCCUACAGGUUCAACUCCAACAACCAUCAGUCUGAGCAGACCCUGUGUGUGGUGUGCAUGUGUGACUUCGAGUCUCGUCAACUGCUUCGCGUUCUCCCCUGUAAUCACGAGUUCCACGCCAAGUGCGUCGACAAGUGGCUCAAGGCCAACAGAACCUGCCCCAUCUGCCGGGCGGACACGUCCGAGGUCCAGCGGGACUCCGAGUGACAGGGCGUCCCGGUCCAGCUCCUUCCAGCCUGCUCCAGCUCACUCCGGCCUGUUCCGGCCUGCACCCACAUGUGUAUAUAGAGUCCUGCCCCUACUCAGUCAUGCCAUACCUCUGCACCCACACCCCUGGGUCCAUUUAUUUCCCCCAUGGUGUUAUCCCAACUCCCUCCCCCUCCCUUUCAGUUUGCGUUUCACACACACACACGCGUGCACACACGCACUCCCCCACACACAGGAUCAAUGGGGAGCACUCCUCUUGCACCGUGUGGGCUGACGUGUUAUGAUUCGACCUAUAAAAGUCUUCUGAACUGCAAACACCUUAAUGGACAGAAAUAUAUAUGGGCUUGUUUUUCUUCUUUCUUUCUAAAUGCGUGACUGGGACUCCAAAGAUUAUUGUUGGGAAUAUUAUUCUUUUCAGUACGAUGGUAUAUUUUCUUCCUGGUCUCUGAUUCUUCUGGUGUGGUGCGUUUUCUGUUCUGGUUAUUUACUCGCGUGCAUGCGCGCGUGCGUGUGUGUGUGUGUGUGUGUGUGUUCACCCUAACAUUCCCAGGUGUGUGAGUGCGUUCCUGUGUGUGUCUGCAGACUGGAGGCUGACCCUGUGUCCUUGUGCUUUUAUACUUUACCAACAAGAUUAAGAAACGCAGACGGACAGAAAACGGCUUUGCAAAUAAACAGUACAGAAUACAUGAGUUUAAGAUGAGAGGCAGACAUGGUAGCCGAUUACAGUAACCAGCCUAUUGGGAUACUGUGAGUUGUGUGUGUGUGUGCGUGUGUGCGAGCGUGCGUGUGUGUGCGCAUUAGAGAGAGAUGUUGAGCACCAAUGGUUACCUGUGUUAUUUAUACAGUCUUUAUAGUACCAUGCACUGGUUCUUUGCUCUACUUUCGUUCGGUUUGCGAUGCUCACUAACCAUUGAACUUGUGGGAUAUGAGGAUGCCCCGGAAGUGGGACGUGAUUGGAUGGGAACGUGGAUCAGACGUUUCCCCUUGUGUCCAGCAGUCAGAGGCACCUGUCCAGGACCAGGCGGGGGCGCCUUUGCUCUAGGCCAGCAGCUGGUUGAAAGGCGCUCCCGACGGCUGCGGUUGCGGCCCGCAGAGGCCGUUGUGGGUCGGCAGCUUUCCAGUAACCUGCCACUGCUGCGUUUUGACUCGGUCUGUGUGAAAGAGCUGGCCGUAGCCUCCUUUCCUAGUCACUGCCACAGUGAAACAGAAAUCACUGAUUGGCCCUUUGCGUUUCCAAUGGGCCACGUUGUUGGGGUGAGCGCACAAAUUUUUUUUUCCUUUUUUUUUUUUUUUAGGUUGUACAGAUAUAAGGCACAUAAACUGAUGAAAAAGACUUGGAAUUGUAUUAUCACGACUAUGAUGGAUAUUUUUUACUGUUUAAUAAAGGGAAGCACAAACUUGUAUAUACGAGGCUUGCGGUGAUGCCUAACUGGCCUGGGUAAAUUGGGAAGAGCCUCGGGGGGGCUGCUCCUGUGGACCCCAUAGCACAGCGUCUUUGGAGUGCCGGUGCAGGUGAGACCGCAGAACUCAGGCUCUCUCUCACCGGCAGAACUAUUCCUCCCACUACGUUUCAGGGGCAGCUUGACGUCUAAUUGCCGAACCUUGAAAUGUAUCACAAAGCAUUAAGUCUGCAAAACGGAUUCCGUGUUUUGUUAACAGCUACCCCCACCCUGACUCCGCUUCUGCUACACCCUUUGUAUCUCUUGAGUCCUUGUCCCUACCCCCGCCCUGGUCUCCCCCCCCACACUCGCUCACACUAACACACACACCAGCCGUGUGCUUCAGUGGUAUCGUCCCACUGAAUGUAUUUAGAAUAAACAAUUUUCCCAUGGGAACCCGCAGUG